GUGUUUCAUUUUUAUGUUAUUUAUAUUUAUUUAAUUUAUCAAAUUAUAUUUUUUUCAAAUAUUAAUAUUUUAUUAACAAAAUAAAAUACAUAUUGUUUCUAAAAAAAAUUUAUAAAAAGGCCGAUUAAUACAUAUGUGUUAGUGAGUCCUGGCUGGUGCUUGCUGAGAGGGCUGUGUGAGUGACUAAAAGAUUCAACUUCAGUAAUUUUAUUUUACAAAUUACUGGAAUAAAAAUUACAAGACAUCAGGACAAAUCCCCGGAAGCAAAUCAUCACAAGUCAAGGAUUUAAAAUCAUCAAAUAAAACAAAUCAAAGUGGGUGAUAAUAAUUGUGUAUUGUGUGAGUGUCUGUGUCUGUGUCUUCCUGUGGAUAUCCUUCAUUAUUUAGUGGAAAAAAAAAUUAAAUAAAUUAAGAAGAAAUAACAACAUUGGAGUUGAAAUAUAAUUCGUCAUCAAAGUCCGUGCAGGACUUUAACAUGAGCUCAGCAUCAACUGGUGGUACUGAGGGUUCAAGUCCUGCCUCGAGCCCAGCAUCAGCAGCUAGUCAAGCAAUGGCAGCACCAAAGUAUGGUACACUUGUACCAAAUCGUAUAUUUGUUGGUGGAAUAUCAGCAAGCACAAGUGAAGCUGAAUUAGCACAAUUAUUUUCAACUUAUGGAAAUGUUAAAGCAACUAAAAUAAUACUUGAUCGUGCUGGUGUAUCAAAAGGAUAUGGUUUUGUUACAUUUGAGACUGAAGAAGAGGCCAAAAGAUUACAACAAGAGUCGGAAUGUAUUGUAUUGAGAGAACGUAAGCUCAAUAUUGCACCAGCAAUUAAAAAACAACCAUUCAAUCGUUCAUUUGAUGGAGGUGCUGGUUCACCUCCUGCAGUGCCAACAAAUCCAUAUUUCUAUACAAAUGGAAUGAGUUUACCUUAUCAAAAUGGAUUGACUUUUUACAAUGCUGGUGGACCAACACCAGGUACAACUUUGGCACCACCUGGUGAUCCUGCUGCUCUUUAUCAAGCUGCUGGAGUAUUUGGACCUCAAAGUGCUUCAGCUCAUCAAACAUAUGCACCAAUGAUGUAUCCUUGUCCAGCACCAUCAUUAUACAUGCCACAACAGUACCAGUAUUCACCAAUGCCGUAUGACACGUACUACGCGGGUGCAGCAAGUCAGCCACAAUAUUUAUAUUCACCUGGCAAUGGAACGAGUAAUGGUAAUCCAAAUAGUACAACAACAACGAGUGGUACAGAUGCAACAAGUCCACUAUCAACUCAUCAUUAUUUUACAACAUCUGGACUUCCAACGGCACCAGCCGCUCAUCAUAAUCAUCAUCAAUCAAAUGUGCCAAGUGGUGGAGGAGUAUCAUCAUCAUCAUCAUCGUCACCACAAGUUGAACAAUUGUAUUAUAAUUUUUCUUCAAUUGGACAACAUCAACAAGCAACAUCACAACCAUCAUCACUUCUCACUGAUCAUCAUCAGCCAUUAUUUCUUUAUACAAAUGAUUGUCAACAAAAUACAGAACAAAAAAAUCAAGAGGAAACGUGCUCAACGUCAAGUCAUUCACAAUCAGACCAGACUGGUCAUCAACAACAACAACAUCAAAUAACACAAUCGACUGGCAACGAGACAACUCAUAAUACAACGACUCAAUCAACAUCAAUAACAACAACAACAACAACAACAUCAACACCAGCAACAACAACGACAGCAUUGCCAGCAUUAAUGCCAUUAAAAUAUCAAAAUCCAUACACAAAUUAUCCACAUCCCAUUAACAUACAAUCAUCACAACCACAAUAUUGUUACGCUGAUAUUGAAGAGUCAAAUCCAAUUCAAAUACUUUAUCAUCCAGUUUACAUACAAAAUAAUAGUAAUGCUGGUAGUCCAAGUCUCUUACCAACACCCACAAGUCCUUAUGAUUUACAAAGACUUCAAAGUUUUCAUCAUCAUCAAAAUACACCUCCAAAAUUAAUUCCAUAUCCAAAUUCACAUAUACAAAAUGGCUAUGCUAUAUUCACACCACCUCCACCAUCAUUACCACAAAUGCAUCAUUCACAAACUCAAUAUAAUAAGUAUCAAACUCCAAAAUCCCAUCAUCAUUCCAAUAAAAAUUAUUCACCAAAUAAUAAUACUAAUAAUCGUAAAUCAAUCAAUACAUCAUCGUGCUUUUUAACACCACAUAAAUCUGGUGGUUCACAAACAACAAAUAAACAAUCAAAUAUUGAGCAUAAUAAUAAUAAUGCACGUAAAAAUUUAAAUUCUGAUUUUUCAAAUCGUAAAAAUCAUAAUUUAAAUACAAAAUUAACAACUAAAGAUAAUAAUAAAAUUAAUUAUAAUAAUGAUUGUAAACUAACAAGUCCACCACCAGCACCAUAUUCACCAAUGAUACAUCCACUUCCAAAUUAUUUCCCAACAAAUAUACAGGUACAAUAUCAAAAUGGUCAAUCACGUUAUCAUGGAAUGGCUAAUCAACAAACAAGAAAAUAUACAUCAUUACCAAUUGACAGUCAAAUGUAUUUAUCAUCACGUAAACAAGUUGAUAAAUAUGGUAAUACAAUGAGCAAUCAGGGUCUUGUUAUACGUUCAAAUAAACAAAAAAUUAAUGGAUUAAUGCAGUCAACACAAAAAAAUAAUAUUGAUGAUGAUAAAGGAGUUAGUGGAGGUAGUGGUAGUGGUGGUGGUAGUAAUCCAUCACAAUCUGUUAUGACAAGAAUGCCAUUAACACCACCAGGUACACCUAGAAAUUUACAAGAUAAUCAGAUCAAUGUUAAUUGUCAUCAACUACAAGCCCUUUCAUUGUAAGUAUUUUUCAUUUUUUUUUCUUUUUUGUUUCUAAGAAAAAUCGUUGUUAUUGUUAUUAAUAUAUAAAUAUAUAAUAUUAUAUAUAUAUAUUUAUUUAUUUUUCUCUCAAUAUUUAAAGGAUUUAUUAAUCAAAAAAUUAAAUAUCAUUUUGAUAAUAUUUAAAGAUAAUAAAAUAUAAUUUUAAAUUAAAUAUAUCUUUAAAUAUCAUUGAAAUUUCAUUGAUAAUAAAUUAUAUAAAUACUUUAUGAUGAGAAAAAUAAUAAAAUCGUUAUACUAUACAGAUAAUAUAUGAUCUAUAUAUACAAAUAAUUAUUUAAAUAAUAUUUAAUAAUAUUUAUCUAUAUAUAUAUUUAAUUGUAAUAAUGGCAUAAGAAAAAAACAAAAAAAAAAUUGUUGAAAUGUUGAAAGAGUGCACGAAAUGAAAGACAAGAUGAAAAAAAAAAAUUCCUGAUUAUUUAAGUAAAGUAAAAUUUAAACAAUUUAGUUAACAUUAUAAACAAAAUAAAAAUUUAAAAUUUAAAAAAAAAAAAGACAGAUUAGAAGGCUAGCUAUCACUAGUUAAAAAAUAUGCACUGCAAUUUUGCUAGGCUCGAUAUAAAGUGACGGUUUAAAAUUAAGAUCAUACAAAAUAAAUAAUAAUAAAUAUAAUAAUAAAGUAAUAAGUGACGAGCAAUGCUAGAAGUAGUUAUGAAAAUUAAUAAUCAAGUUAUUAAUUAUAAAAAUAAACAUGGAAUGAUACAAGCAACAUCGCUAUUGAUUGGAAAUAUUAUUGAUCAUACAAAAUCAAUAAGUCAAAAUAAAUAAUAAUAUAAAAUAACGAGUGAACUGUCAAAUGUGUUCAAAGACAUAAUUAGAAAAAAAAAAAAUAAUAGAAUAAUAAUAACAAAUGAAUCGAGGUGUACUGUUUUCAGUUAUCCAAGAUCAAAAGUUUUAAUAUUCUUGGUAGUUAUAUCAUUUGUGAAAAAAAAAAAUACAAAAAAAAAAAAAAAAAAAUGUUGCUCAAGGCACUGCCAACCAGUCUAAUUAUUUUCAAACUAUUUUUUUUUAUUUUUUUUCAUUUUUUUGUUAUUGUUUUUUUGUGCAUUCAGUUGAGCCUUUUAUUUCCGUCCUUAGAACAGUGUGACACAAAAAACAACGUCUGUCACUUGAUGUACUUAAUUUAAUCCUUAAGUAAAAAAAUUUAUUAUUCAUUGAUAUUAUUAUUGAUUAAUUUUGUCUUAUGUUUUGUAUAUUUGUGAAAUUUAUUAUUUGUAUUUAUUCGUAAUUUAUAUUUGUUAAAAAAAAAAAAAAACCAAAAGGAUACGAGCAACUUUAUAUUGUCUAAAACAAAACAUUGACAGAUAAAAAAAAAUGUUAAAUUAAAAAAUUGAUAAAGAACGAAAAGCGAUAAUGAAUAAUAAAAAAAAAAAAAUUCAAAAAGUGUCGGCUGUGAGCUUCCAAGCAAA